GUGGGGGUUGUGUUUCUCUAAGAAAAGCUUGCAACAUUUCGAAAUGAUUCAAGCUCAAUUCCAGAGCUAUGUAUAAAAGAUACAAUCUUAAGGAUUGAAUUAAUCAUUCGCGUUUAAUAAAUCAAUUGUAAAGAUACUCCCAAGAGCGAGUUCAUAAAAAAACCUAUAUCUUUCGUUUUUGAUUACCACAGAAGCAAUUACCACAGAAAUGUUGGACACCGGUCUGCCAUCAUUGGACAACAACGCCAUCGACACUGACAGUCCUGUCAAGCGUGAUGAACUUCAAGAGGACACCCUGGCCCUAUCCCCCACUGAAGGAUUGAACGUUGAUGUUGAUGUUGUAGCCACCCUGGAAGGCGAGGAUACUCCAGAUCUUGCUGGCAAUACAAUAAAAAGCGAACAGCUCUCAGAGCUCGUGGAUGCAGAAAAUGUUAAUGAGGAAGGCAUCAAGUUAUCGUCGUCGUCUGCGACGUCCUCGUCAGAAGCGGAGGAGGAUGAAACUGAUGGAAAGAAGGACGAUAGUAACGACGAAAUUAAUGAAUCAAUCGUCGUAAAUCAGAGUGCCGAAGAUGCUGUCGAGGAACUUGAGGAGCUGUUGGAAAAACGACAAGAACUCCAAGAAGUCAUCGCCAAGAAACAGAUGCAAGCUUUAGUGGAUUCGGUUGGGGAGAAGUUAUCAAUGGCUGACGCUGACGAGGAACGUUUUGCCGACGAAGUUGAAAAGAUGGUCGAUGAGGCUCAAGCUGAUGUUGUUGCUGAUGUUGACGCUGACGAGGAUAAGGAGGACGAGACCAUUGAAGAAGCUACACAAAAGCCAUACAAUCAAGAGAAGCAUUCAUUGCGCGAAGAUGUCUCAUCUUCAGAUGAGGAAGACGACAACGAAGAAAAAGAGUCAGAGGACGAGAACGAGAGGAGUGACAUUUCCAAGAACGAAGGCUUGGAAUCCGAGUGGGGUGGCAUUAACAUCGUUAGUCUGGAUGACAAGAAUAUUUUGACAAACGAAAUCGAUGCGUACGAGAGUGUACCGGUUGAUUUGUCAAAUGACAUAGCUAUAAACGACAUAAUGGCUGAUCAGGGAGUUCCAAUCAAUGAGCAUGCGGAACUUAUUGAUGUGGAAAAAUUGACAUCUGCAGGACCCCAAGAUGCUGACGGUCUCGCUGGUGAGGAAUCAUCAAGUAGGCUUGAAAUUUUGGCAGAUAUUAAGUAAAAACAAAAAUACUUACUUUUUUAUGUAUUUAAUAGAAUUUAUUCAAAUUAUGAAAUUAUUAAUUUUUAAGAAUUUUAAUUUAUCAAUAUUUUUAUUUUUAAUAUUCUUAUAUACUCAAUAAAAAAGAAGAAGAAAAAAGAAGUGUUGCCAUACAAGCAAUUAUCGUGACUGCAAUUUUAAAUAAUAUUUAUAUAAUAGAUAAUAAUAACUUUUGUCGAAAUUGUAAUUUUAAGCCUGAUUUUAUAAAAUAAAAAAUUAUAUUAUAUUUAUAUUCCUUGUUAAA